UAGAAACAAUUUCUUAUGUAAAAUGGCGGGGAUGCAGAAGCUGCCAUACGGCGACGUUGAUUCCAGUUUGAGGGCCUUGGCCGGUCGCGCCGAGGGUUUCGGCCGCCUCGCCAUUGGUGGCCUCCACGGUCCUCUCUAUUUCGUCACCACUCUUUCAGAUGAUGGCCCUGGGUCCCUUCGCGAAGGUUGUCGUAGAAAGGAACCGUUGUGGAUUGUGUUUGAGGUUUCGGGUACGAUUCAUCUUUCAUCGUACCUCAGUGUGUCCUCAUAUAAGACAAUAGAUGGCCGAGGGCAGAGGGUCAAAUUGACUGGGAAGGGUUUGAGGCUCAAAGAAUGUGAACACAUAAUCAUAUGCAACCUUGAGUUUGAGGGUGGCAGGGGUCAUGAUGUAGACGGCAUUCAAAUCAAACCAAAUUCUAGGCAUAUAUGGAUUGAUCGAUGCACCCUUCGUGAUUACGAUGAUGGCCUCAUAGACAUUACAAGACAAAGCACCGAUAUCACUGUAUCUAGGUGUUGCUUUGGGCAGCAUGACAAGACCAUGCUCAUUGGAGCUGACCCGACUCACAUUGGUGAUAGAUGCAUCCGGGUGACCAUUCACCAUUGUUUCUUUGAUGGAACACGGCAAAGACAGCCUCGUGUGAGAUUUGGAAAAGUUCAUCUGUACAACAAUUACACCAGAAACUGGGGGAUAUAUGCUGUUUGUGCCAGUGUGGAAUCCCAGAUAUACUCUCAGUGUAAUGUAUAUGAAGCAGGAACUAAGAAAAAGACUUUUGAAUUUUAUACUGAGAAGGCGGUAGAUAAAGAGGAGCAGAAGUCUGGCUUCAUAAUAUCAGAAGGAGACAUGUUUCUGAAUGGUGCUGAGCCAAGCUUGCUUACAGAAAACAGAGAAGAGUCCAUGUUUCAUCCUAGCGAAUAUUACCCAACAUGGACUAUGGAAGCAGCUGGACAUUCUCUCAGAGAGGUCCUCCUGUUAUGUACAGGUUGGCAAUCCAUUUGUAGGCCAGUAGAUAAUAUGGUCCUUCAAUAAGGUUCAUUGCAUUGCAGGACUACACCUUCUGGUUUAUGUGGGAACCAUUGACAUUACAUCAAGCACAUUUAAGAUUGAAGGUUCACUUUGUCCGUUAUUUUAAUUCGAGUAGUACUAGCAUAUUUAUUGUAUUCUGUAAACAUAGUCAAUUUUGUGGUUCUGACACUUUUCCAUUUUGGUAUUUAUAUCUGUCCCCAAUCAUAAUUUCCAUUGUCAGAUUAUUCAAGUUUGAAAUAUUUAGCUAAUUUUUGAGGUCUGGCAAGCCUCUUUUAAUAAUUUUAUUUUAGCAGUA